UUCCAAUUUUCCAUCAUCUUCUCCGUAAAGUUCUUACCUUUAAGUGUGUUCUAAUGGAGAUUAUUCUCUACUCAUCUUUCUCUCUCUAUCCCCUUCAUUUAUAAAGCUUUCUUCACGCUUUUUAAGAUAAUUAACAGCCACGGGUCUUAAAAGCUAAAGGGUUUUGCUUCGAAUUCAAGUGUCCCUUCGCUUUCUCUCUCUAUUUUUCCUAGAUUUUCCCCUGUUUUUGCUGUCCGGAUUUUGUAAAGUGAUCGAGAGAAUUCGAAGAAUCAUGACUAUGGAGUCUACUUUUCUGAUCCAAAUGGUCGUCUGAUUUUUGCCAAUUUUGAUUGUCGCUUCUUCUUCUCUUUCAGGGAAGGGAUUGUUGGUGCCAAUGGGGUGGCUUACUAAAAUCCUUAAAGGUUCUAGCCACAAAUUCUCGGAGGGACAAGUGAACAGAAGAUAUAGAGAGGAUAGGAACUUGGACAGCCCUCGCCAUUCUGCGGAUGGAUCUGAUUUUGACAAAGAAGAAAUUGAAUGUGCUAUUGCACUCUCUCUUUCUGAACAAGAACAUGUAAUUCCACAAGAUGACAAGGGAAAGAAAGUAUUGGGUAAGAAUACAAAUCUGAAACCGAAGAAGAUGAAGAUGAGGAUGAGGAUGAAGAUGAAGAACGCAUGAGAGCUCAGCUAGAAGCAGCAGAAGAAGAGGAAAGACGGGCAGCUCAAGCUGAAAUUGAGGAAGAAGAAAAACGGCGUGUUGAAGCUGAGUUAGAGGAAACAGAGAAACAGCUUGCGAAAGCUCGAUUAGAAGAGGAAGAAAUUAGGCGUUCCAAAGCUCAACUGGAGGAAGACGAGCAACUCGCCAAAGCCAUUCAAGAAAGUAUGAAUUUGGGAUCUCCUCCUCGAUAUGAUUCUGGAAGUAUGUUUCAACCAUACCCCUUCCUUAUUCCAUCUAGUCACAGGAUAUGCACUGGUUGCCGAGCUGAGAUUGGAAAUGGAAGGUUUCUGAGUUGCAUGGGUGGCGUUUGGCAUCCUGAAUGUUUCUGUUGCCAUGCUUGUGAUAAGCCCAUUGUAGAUUAUGAGUUCUCAAUGUCCGGAAAUCGGCCUUAUCAUAAAUUAUGUUACAAGGAGCAACAUCAUCCAAAAUGUGAUGUUUGCCAUAACUUUAUUCCGACAAAUCCAGCUGGUCUGAUUGAGUACAGGGCACAUCCCUUUUGGAUGCAAAAGUAUUGUCCUUCACAUGAGCGUGAUGGAACUCCUCGGUGCUGCAGUUGUGAGCGAAUGGAGCCGAAAGAUACAAAAUAUCUCAUUCUUGAUGAUGGUCGAAAACUGUGUCUUGAAUGUCUCGACUCUGCCGUUAUGGACACUCAUGAAUGCCAACCAUUGUAUCUUGAGAUACGUGAAUUUUAUGAAGGCUUACACAUGAAAGUGGAGCAGCAGAUUCCUAUGCUCUUGGUGGAGAGAUCAGCUUUAAACGAAGCUAUGGAAGGAGAGAAACACGGACAUCAUCAUUUACCUGAAACCAGAGGACUUUGUUUGUCUGAAGAACAAACUGUCACCACGGUGUUAAGGAGACCAAGAAUUGGGGCAGGCUACAAGCUGAUAGACAUGAUCACAGAGCCUUGCAGGCUGAUACGCCGUUGUGAAGUCACUGCAAUUCUCAUUUUAUAUGGACUUCCUCGAUUGUUAACUGGAUCAAUCCUUGCUCAUGAGAUGAUGCAUGCAUGGCUUCGACUAAAUGGGUAUCCAAAUCUUAGACCAGAAGUGGAAGAAGGGAUAUGUCAGGUUUUAGCUCACAUGUGGUUGGAAUCUGAGACUUAUGCUGGCUCUACAUUAAUAGAUAUCGCAUCUUCCUCUUCCUCAUCAUCAUCAUCGGCUGUGGUCACUGCAUCGUCCAAGAAAGGAGAGAGGUCUGACUAUGAGAAGAAACUUGGUGAGUUUUUCAAGCACCAGAUCGAGUCGGAUUCUUCAUCGGCAUAUGGGGAUGGGUUCAGGCAAGGUAACCAAGCAGUUCUUACGCAUGGUUUGAGGCGAACCCUCGACCAUAUUCGCUUGACCGGUACAUUUCCUUAAAUAAAAGAUUGAAACGAAAAGCAAAAAAAAAAAAGGCUUUGUUAUAGUGUUUCUUUAGAGUAUAGUGACAGAAAAAAAAGAAGAAGCAAAAUGUAUAGGUUCAAUACACACUAAGAGUCAUAAAGUUCCACUUCUAAAUAUACUUUUGCAUGCAUUUUAU